AGACAGCGCUCCGGUAAUCUCCCGGUAAUAAAUGGAGGGAGGCUGGCACGUUCGGAACCGCCGGUACCGAGUGAUACCGGAGGCCCCCUGAGACCCCUGACAAAGAUGCCUGCAUUUGGAGCAUGAUGGGUCGCUUCGUGACGCCGCAGCAAACUGACGGGCCCCGGGGCAGGUACACGCAGCGGCAGCCUCACCUGCGAAGCCACAGCGGAGGACAGAGGACACUUUGCUGACUGACGGACAAAAAAGGCACCUCCGUGUACUCUCACCAUGGAGGAGAGCCGGGCAGAGUAACUUACUGCAGCCUUUACAGUAUAAAACCUGACUGUCAGAGAAGAGAGCGAUCUUCACGAUGAGCCGUUAAAUUCCUGCUACCGGUGCUUUCUUUGGAGAGUGGAUUGACCAUCUCCUAACAGCGGGGGAGACGAGCAGAGAGGCAUUUAACCGUUGAUUUGAGUCCUCAGAUGGACCAAGUGCCCUCGGCACUGGCCGCUAAGAUGCGCUGGAUCACGCUGGUGCUUGCAGGCUUGACUUUCUGGGGCAAAGUGACUAUUUGUAACUGUUUCGACUACGAGGAGCCAGACUAUGAUUACUACGAGGAAGAUAAAGCGGAGACCAUUGACUACAAAGACCCUUGCAAAGCUGCUGUAUUCUGGGGAGACAUUGCUUUAGACGAGGAGGACCUGCGCAUGUUUCAGAUCGACAGGACGAUAGACCUGACACAGCACACACACAUGCGCACACACUCCCGGCAGGGCCACACAUCUGGUGGCCUGGAGGAACAUCAAGUUGCAAAGAAGAGAGGAUCAUUAUAUCUGCUGCUCGAGAGAAUACGCAGGUUUGGCUUUGAAUAUCUCCCAAAGAACUCAAGCAAAGGAUCCCCAGGUCCCAAGAGCCAAACUGGGAAAGGUGGCAAGACGGGGAACGUGGUGAAAAGCCGGAUUCCCCGAGCGGCCACAUCCAGAGCUGAGAGAAUUUGGCCCGGAGGAGUCAUUCCCUACGUCAUAGGAGGAAACUUCACUGGUAGUCAGAGGGCCAUGUUUAAACAGGCCAUGCGUCACUGGGAGAAACAGACGUGUGUGACGUUUAUUGAGAAGACGGAUGAGGAAAGCUACAUCGUGUUCACCUACAGACCCUGUGGGUGUUGUUCCUAUGUGGGUCGUCGUGGCAACGGGCCCCAGGCCAUCUCUAUAGGCAAGAACUGUGACAAGUUUGGCAUUGUGGUGCACGAAUUGGGUCAUGUCAUCGGAUUUUGGCACGAGCACACACGGCCUGACCGUGACGAUCACGUGACCAUCAUCCGGGAUAACAUUCAGCCAGGCCAGGAGUAUAACUUUCUCAAGAUGGAGCCGGGGGAGGUCAACUCUCUGGGGGAGCCAUAUGAUUUUGACAGCAUCAUGCACUACGCCAGGAACACCUUCUCACGGGGGAUGUUCCUCGACACCAUCCUUCCAUCCAGAGACGAAAACGGGGUCAGGCCUGCUAUUGGCCAGCGGACCAGGCUCAGUAAAGGAGACAUUGCACAGGCAAGGAAGCUGUAUAGAUGUCCAGCAUGUGGAGAGACGCUCCAAGAGUCAACAGGCAACUUCUCGUCUCCUGGUUACCCCAACGGAUACCCAUCAUACACACACUGUGUCUGGAGAAUAUCUGUUACACCUGGAGAAAAGAUAGUCCUGAACUUCACCACCAUGGAUCUGUAUAAAAGCAGUCUGUGUUGGUACGACUACAUCGAGGUUCGGGAUGGAUACUGGAGGAAAGCUCCACUGCUCGGCAGGUUUUGUGGCGAUAAAGUUCCCGACGUGUUGAUCUCGACUGACAGCAGGAUGUGGAUUGAGUUCCGCAGUAGCAGCAACUGGGUGGGAAAAGGCUUUGCCGCCAUUUAUGAAGCGAUCUGUGGAGGUGAAAUCACCAAAGACUCAGGACAGAUUCAGUCUCCAAACUAUCCCGAUGACUACAGACCUUCGAAAGAGUGUGUGUGGAGGAUCACUGUGUCCGAGGGAUACAACGUCGGACUCAGCUUUCAGGCUUUUGAGAUUGAGAGACACGACAGCUGUGCCUACGACUACCUAGAGGUCAGGGAUGGCCCUCUGGAGACGAGCCCGCUGAUUGGUCGAUUCUGUGGCUACGACAAACCUGAGGAUGUGCGCUCCACCUCACACACACUGUGGAUGAAGUUUGUCUCAGAUGGGACAGUCAACAAGGCUGGCUUCGCUGCAAACUUUUUCAAAGAGGAGGAUGAGUGUGCCAAGCCAGACAAUGGUGGAUGUGAACAGAGGUGUGUAAACACUCUCGGCAGCUUCAAGUGUGCCUGUGACCCGGGCUAUGAACUAGCUCCUGACAAGAAGAGCUGUGAAGCUGCAUGCGGUGGCCUCCUCUCUAAAUUGAAUGGGACCAUCAGCACUCCUGGCUGGCCUAAAGAGUAUCCUCCCAACAAGAACUGUGUGUGGCAGGUGGUUGCUCCCACUCAGUACCGCAUCUCCAUGCAGUUCGAGGCCUUCGAGCUGGAAGGAAACGAGGUGUGUAAAUAUGACUAUGUGGAGGUGCGUAGCGGCCUCUCAUCAGACUCAAAGCUGCAUGGUAAAUACUGUGGCACGGAGGUCCCUGAAGUCAUCACGUCUCAAUACAACAACAUGAGGAUCGAGUUCAAGUCCGACAACACUGUAUCAAAGAAAGGCUUCAAAGCUCACUUCUUCUCAGACAGGCUGACUCUGUGUCAGGACCGUAUGAUUGUGUUUGAGUCAUGCCAGGACAUAAAGCGCGGUCGCUCCCCCACUCGUGGCCAUGUCAACAACAAGCUGGCAACCUCAUCAAAGGUCAGAGACAAAGAUGAGUGCAGCAAGGACAACGGAGGCUGCCAGCACGAGUGCAUCAACACAGUGGGUUCUUACGUUUGUCAGUGUCGCCACGGCUUUGUACUGCAUGAGAACAAACAUGACUGUAAGGAAGCUGAGUGUGAGCAUAAGAUCCAUAGCCCCAGUGGAACCCUGAGCAGCCCAAACUGGCCAGACAAGUAUCCCAGCCGUAAGGAGUGCACCUGGGACAUCACAGCCACGCCAGGACACCGAGUCAAGAUAACCUUCAAUGAGUUUGAGAUCGAGCAGCAUCAGGAGUGUGCAUACGACCAUCUGGAGGCCUUCGACGGGGACAGUGACACAGCCGCCAUCUUGGGCCGAUUGUGUGGCAGUAAGAUCCCGGAGCAGCUGGUCUCCACCGGGAACAAGAUGUAUCUCCGCUUCAUUUCUGAUGCCUCAGUACAAAGGAAGGGUUUCCAGGCUACUCACUCGACAGAGUGUGGAGGUCGGCUGAAGGCAGAAGUUCGGCAGAAGAACCUUUAUUCUCACGCUCAGUUUGGAGACAAUAAUUAUCCGGGUCACACUGACUGUGAUUGGCUGUUGACGGCCGAACAGGGCUACGGCGUGGAACUGAGCUUCAUCACUUUUGAGGUAGAGGAGGAAGCGGAUUGUGGUUACGACUACAUUGAGCUGUACAACGGGUACGACGCCAACUCCCACCGACUGGGUCGCUUCUGCGGUUCAGGGCCCAGGGAGGGGAUCUACUCUCCCGGAGGAGCUAUGCUGAUCCGUUUUCACAGCGAUGACACGAUCAGCAAAAAGGGAUUCCACAUCCGCUACACAAGCACCAAGUUCCAGGAGAGCCUUCACACCAGGAAAUGACUUUAGAUGCUCCGUGACCUCUGAUCUCUGUGCAACCCUGACCUUCGCCAUGGCAACCAGAAAAGUACAGCCUGCCCCCCCCUCUUUUUGGACACUGCAGGCAGACGUGGACGUUUGCCAGCCAGAGGAGGAAGACAACACUUAAAACAUUUGCCUCGCUACGUGGCUCCAUAUCUCACUCUGAGAUGGGAAAAAUAACAAGAUAUUAAAAAAAAAAAGAAGCUUUGACUAAUUAGGGGAAAUACGCCGAGGAUUGAGUGGAGGAGAUUUAUCACCGGAUACCUGGAUACCCUCAAUGUGAAGGGAGGGUGGUUGAACAUGCAAACCAGUUUACUGAGAUACUCUAAUGGUGCAAAAACGCAACACAGGAGUAUAAACACUCACAUACAUGUAUUAGAUUAAUAUUCACAAUUAUAAACUAUGGAUGCUUAAGGAACGAAGGCUUAAAAAAAAGAAGAAAAUGCCUCCAUUAAGGGAGUUCUUUUCUGACUCCUUGGUCCUUGAAGUGUGCAACUUACUGUGAUAAGAUGGCUGCUCAUGUCCACAGAAACUCUACAGACAUUUUUAUUGCCUUUGAUGCCUGGGAACUGGUCUGUUCCACCCAGCUCAGAACGGCUGCAGAUGAUUUGAUUUCAUGUCUUAUGUAAAAAACAAACAAACAUUGUGUUUACUGUAUGUGUGUAUGUGUGUACAGAGAAGAGAACAAAAACUAAAGGCUGAAGGCCGUCAUGUUGUCCUUUUUGCUUAAAGCUUAUGCUGACGACCAUCGUGUAUGGAAAUAAAAAAAAAGAACAAUUUACAAAUGAUCUGUGAUGCUAAUGUUAAGCCUUGCAUUAUACUUUGUGUGUGUUUGUUUUUUUUGAGUAUGAAAACCAUCUUCUAACAAAUGGAGCGACUUUUUAUGGAUGUUUUCAGUUUCCACCUCAACCUCUCGACGCCCAAUCUUUUUUUUUUUUUUCCAGUGGAUAUCGGAAAAGGGAAUAUUUUCACAGCUGUCUCUUGGAGUGACACAAUUCAAAAUGAAGGAGAGAUUCCCAUGGUGCUAAAAAUAAAACUACACUGACUGACAGACGACUGCCGAUGAAAGUGAAGACUUUGUAACGGAGAUGCAGUCGGCGUGCAAACAGCACACUACACCAACAGCACUUGUCCUGUGGAACUACAACUUUGCCUUAGAACCAAAAUGUAUGCAGAGGUCGCUGUGUUGAGUCAGCGGAGUGUUUUAUGAGGUUUUUUGGCAGCGAGCUUCAAUCAAUUUGGGUUUUCGAAUGGUCUUAUUGUGAAAAACAAAAAACAUGGGAAAUGUAGUCUGUGUGUGAGAUAGUGUCAAUGGUGCAUGCGUGUUUGUGUGUCAAUUUUUGUAGCUGUUCUCAGAGAUACAUAAACACACACUUACAUAUCCGCAGAAACACAACUCAUUUGUGUGUAUUUUACCCAAACACACACUUCUGUCCCCCCGUCUUGGUAUUUUCGAGCGAGGAGUGAAGCGAGGUUCUGUAAAAUAAAGAAAAAACAAAAUAAGGUGCACACAGCAUGCAUCCUCUCUGUGUUCAAAUGCAAAUGUGUAAGUGCGUGUCAUAGGAGAAUAUAGAGGAAUAAUGUGUGUGUAUGAGUGUAAACUGUAUGAUUUUACAUUGAAUCUUUCAUCACUGUACGUGCCAAUCUCCAGGUGACCCUGAUCCACUGUAGUUUUGUUUUAUCAUUCCACCUCAGUAUCUGUUGCUCAAGAGACACUGACAUGAGUCCUCUGCAUCAGUCAUUGAAAUAAACACUUGUAUUUCUGUUU